AUGCAAAAAUAUCAAAUGGUGGACACGAAAUCUGAUCACCCCCAGAUAAGCGUCGAUGAAUGGGACGAAUCCCAGUCGAAUGGAGGAAAAAAUGUUCAGGCUUCUCCGAGUGAGACAAAAAAUGUUCAGGCUUCUCCGAGUGAGACAAAAAAUGUUCAGGCUUCUCCGAGUGAGGCAAAAAAUGUUCAGGUUUCUCCGAGUGAGGAACCUGCCCUCCCAGCGUACCACUACGAUUUUUUGAAAAAACACAGCUCAGAAAUAAAAAAAGAUCUGCUAGCAUGGUAUUACAAAUAUAGGAGAAAAUUACCAUGGCGAAAUGACCAACCACCUUACACAACAAGUGUUCAGAUGGAUGGAGAAAAGAGUCAAGGAGAUAUCAGAAAGUACUUUUGCAAAGUGGAAAAUAUGGAAAUUAAUAAAAAAUUGGAGAAUAAUGAAGAUGAAACUAUAGUUAUGUCCAAAGGGAAGAAAAAAGAUAAAGGGAAUUUACCCCUUCCUAAAAUAAAAAGAAUUAAAAAGGAAAAUUUAAAGACGGAUAUUUGUGAAGAAUUAAAAAAUUCAUCUAUAAAAGAGUCGAAGAGUAAAUUGGUAUCUUAUUAUAAUUGUCCUAUUAAUAUAAAGGAGACAGAAAUAAAAUAUAUGGACAAUAUAUUUUGUAAUAGUAAUAAGAAAUAUUUAAGCUUGAGAGGUUAUCAAAUUUAUGUAAGUGAAAUCAUGCUUCAGCAAACCAAGGUACACACUGUCUUGAAUUUUUACCUAAAUUGGAUGAAUAAAUGGAGUACCAUAUUUGAAUUAGCUAAAAGUAACUUGGAUGAAGUACUGAUAUUAUGGAAGGGAUUAGGGUACUAUAAUAGGGCGAAAAACUUAUUAAACUGUUGCAAAAAUGUUGUCGAAAAAUACGAUGGGAUAUUUCCAAAUGAUUUGAAAUUAUUAAAAGAAUUACCAGGAAUAGGUGAUUAUACAUCCAAAGCGAUUUGUAUACAUCUUUACAACAGGAAAGAUGUAUGUAUUGACACAAAUAUUAUACGGAUUUUUUCGAGAAUUACAGAUACGAUUAAUUAUAACAGUUCUACUGUUUUAACGAAACAUUGUGAAGAGAUAAGCAAUAUUUUAUGUUCGGACGAUUCCAAUUAUUCUGACCUUAGUCAGGCCUUAAUGGACCUUGGGUCAAGCAUUUGUAAUAAUUCUCCCCAAUGUAAGCAAUGUCCCUUGAAUAAACACUGUCUUAUAUAUUUAAAAAAAAAUAAUAAAAUAUACAAUUCAUAUAAUUUGAGUCAUCCUGAUGAUUGCAAAUUGUGUGUUCAAGAUAGAAACGUCGAGAUUAAGUGUGUUCCAUUAACAAAAAAAAAAAAAAAAACGGACAAAGUGUGUCUUGUUUUGUUAGUAAAAAAGAAUAACUGUGUGAAGAGAAACCAUGUAAAGUGCGACCAUGUAAAAUGUGACAAUGUAAAGAACGGCCAUGUUGAGAACGAUCGCGUGCAGAGUAGGCAUAAAAAAAAAAUAACCUUAACAGGUCAAGCAAAUAGAGAAUAUAAAGAAGGUGAUUACUACUUGAUGAUAAAAAACACAAAUUCGAAUUUAUUUUCAAUGCACUAUUUAUUUCCCUUUUUACUCCUCGAUCAAUUUGAUAAAAAAGUUGCUCAUACGCAUUUAAAUGAGAUAUUAAGCAACCUAAAUUUGAGCACUUCUCUGAGGGAUUCCUUUACAUACAUUAACCAUUUUAAACAUGUAUUUUCUCAUCUCACAUAUGACACGUAUAUUUAUGUAUGUUCCGUCCUGAACGCGGAAAAUAUAACAACAACGCAAGAAAUUGCAUGGAUUAAAAUGAAAGACAUUAAGGACUUCACACACAACAGCUUUUGUCAACAGAUAAUAGAUCACUAUAAAAAAAGUGUUGCUGAGAAUAGAACGUAUUUCUCAGGAUUUAACAUAUAA